GUCGAGCACGCCGCAGCGAUCGCUUUGUACGAGACGCAGGGUUAAUUCUACAUACCUUGGACGCUGCAGGUCGCAACGCCGUUGCCGCGCUCGCACGCCGUUGCUCUCCCAAGCCGCCGCACUGCACCGCCAUAAUGCCCAAAAAAGCAGCACCAUCUAACGACGCGCCCGCGAGCGAUCAAAAGAAAAAGACGAAAACGGGCCCGACGCCGGCCGAGAAGCUCGCGGACGAGCUCGACGACCUCAUGAUCGCCUACCUGAAAGCUUGUAGAGAAACGCCGGACAAGGCGCCGGGCCUCGAGAAGAAAAUGAAAGCGAAGACGGCUCAAUUAGCUGCUUUGCAGGAUCAAGGGAUAGACGCGCACCCGAGCUGGGCCGAUGUGGAAUAAUGCGCCGGCUGCUCCCGAACCUCGCCGCGAAGAUUGAUGGAAGGGCCUGCGAGGGCCUUCGCACCAGAGGUUAUGCUAUUGUGGACGGUUUUUUGGGCGAGACGUGGUGUCGCCCUGUGUGGAAAUCAACCAGUGAGUUAGGUUGUCUCGCCAUCGAGCAGAACGUUAUGGGGACAAUGUCGCGUCGAUGGCGUGGAACCUCGACGCUGUCGAGCAGGCGCAGCUACUGAGGCAGCAUCGCGUCGAUGGCGUGGGGCGCGCGAAAUUUGAUGUCCACACAGGUGUCACCUGCUGCGCGACGACAUCAUCACGCUGGCCGAGCGGCGGUUAUUGGGGAGAAACGCGACGCAUCUCGUGCGGCGAGGCACGACGUCCUUACUGGUCAAGAAUAACAUCUUCGAGACGGAAAUAGGCGCGCACGAGGAAGCUAGAGUUAAUGCGCCGCACCUCGCCACAUUAUAUAACGACAGAACGCUGCGAGAACGACUGAGAGCGUGCGUCGGCGGCCCGUUACGCUCGCAAUCCUUGAAGGUCCAACUGAACCAUGGAAGUGGGGGCUGCUUCCCCCUCCACUUCGACGGCGACCCGUCGUUAGAUGAUCGGGUCAUUACAGCAGUAUUAUAUCUGAACCCGGACUGGUCCGACGCGGACGGAGGCCACCUCCAACUCGUGCCCUUUCCGGAAACACCGGUGGACGUCGCGCCGCUUUUCGACCGACUGGUGCUCUUCGCGUCGCACGACACGCUACACCGGGCCCUGCCCGCACAAAACGUGCGCUUCUGCGUGACGCUCUGGUUCUACCGGACACAGCCCGGCGGCGGCGCCGCGGUUGCUGAUGAGACAAAGGCCGAGCGGAGGUUGAUGGCGCGCUACGCGUAUCGGGAGGCGUGGGGGCGGUCCAUCCGCGAGAGCCAUGCGCCGGGCGAGGCGCUCGACGCCGCGUUGUCGGACCACGCCUCCGACACGCUUAAAAUCGCCGAGGCUUUGAAGGCGCGCGGCGUCGAUUUGGCGGAGUUGGACGCUAUGAUUAUUAAGUAACUUUAAACAACUCGG